AUGAACCUGCAAACCUGUAGUAGCCAGGAUAUCGGCAUCAGUUCUCCGGAGCCAGUGGAAGGCCCUGAUCCGGACGAUGGUGAAGACCGUUCAGAAAGCGAGGGUAGCGACUACACACCUGGCAGGAAAAAGAAGAAAAGAGCCUGCACCACAAAGGACAAAAAAAGAAGCAGCUCUGGUGCCGACAGAAACUCAGCCGCUUCAAAACGGAGAGAACCUGAGGAAGAGGAAGACGAGGAUGAUGACGAUGCUGAGCCAAAAAGUUCCUCUCAACUUUUGGAUACCUGGGGUAUGGAGGACAUCGAUCAUGUCUUCACUGAGGAAGACUAUAGGACUCUGACCAACUACAAAGCCUUCAGCCAGUUCGUCAGGCCUCUGAUCGCUGCCAAGAACCCCAAAAUCGCUGUUUCCAAAAUGAUGAUGGUUCUGGGAGCGAAGUGGAGGGAGUUCAGCACUAACAACCCUCUGCGGGGCUCGGCUGCUGCCACCACAGCCCUGGCGGCCGCUAGUGCCGCUGUAACUGUUGAAACAGCAGCAGAAACUUCAGCCACUGCAACCGGAGCCCAAAUCAGUGCCGAGUCCACACCAGCAGCUCCCGUACGCAAGGCCAAGACAAAAGAGGGCAAGGGUCCCAAUGCACGCAAGAAGUCCAAACCCGCUCCCAAACCUCAAGAGAAGAAGGUGAAGACCAAAAAGGUUGCUCCUCUGAAGAUCAAACUCGGAGGCUUCAAUAGCAAAAGGAAACGCUCAUCUAGUGAAGAGGACGAUGUUGACGUGGACAGUGACUUUGAUGAUGGCAGUAUGAACAGUGUGUCCGUUUCGAAUGGAUCAAAUAACCGCAGUAGUCGCAGCAGCACUAAAAAGAAGCCCAAAAAGAAGACGAAAAAAGGUGAUGAUGAUGGUGAUGGAUAUGAGACUGAUCAUCAGGAUUACUGUGAGGUCUGUCAGCAGGGAGGAGAGAUCAUUCUCUGUGACACCUGUCCACGAGCUUAUCACAUGGUCUGCUUGGACCCUGAUAUGGAGAAAGCACCGGAGGGCACCUGGAGCUGCCCACACUGUGAGAAGAUGGGCAUCCAGUGGGAGGCUCGUGAGGACGCAUCAGACGGCGAGGAGGAUAACGAGGCGGGAGGAGAGGCGGAGGAGGACGACCAUCACAUGGAGUUCUGCAGGGUGUGUAAGGACGGCGGAGAGCUGCUGUGCUGUGACUCCUGUCCCUCAUCAUACCACAUCCACUGCCUUAACCCACCGCUGCCUGAGAUUCCCAACGGAGAAUGGAUCUGCCCUCGCUGCACUUGUCCUACUAUGAAAGGUAAGGUGCAGAAGAUUCUGACCUGGCGCUGGAGUGAACCACCUCCCCCGACCCUUGUGCCGCGGCCCAGUGACCUCCCAGCUGAUGCGUCCAACCCCAAACCAUUGGCUGGUCGCCCUGAGAGGGAGUUCUUCGUUAAAUGGCAUAAUAUGUCCUACUGGCACUGCUCCUGGGUUUCUGAGCUGCAGCUGGAGAUGCACUGUCAGGUGAUGUUCAGAAACUACCAGCGCAAGAACGACAUGGACGAACCCACACCCAUAGACUUCGGCGGCGAUGGAGAGGAGGAGAAGAGCGACAAGAGGAAGAAGAAAGACCCCACCUAUGCUAAGAUGGAGGAGAAGUACUACCGCUUUGGCAUCAAGAUGGAGUGGAUGAUGAUUCACCGUAUCCUGAACCAUAGUGUGGAUAAGAAGAAUAACUGUCACUACCUCAUCAAGUGGAGGGAUUUGACAUAUGAUCAAGCCACCUGGGAGGCAGAGGAUAUGGAUAUACCAGAGUUUGACACCUACAAACUGCAGUACUGGAACCACAGGGAGUUGAUGAUGGGUGAUGAAGGUAAACCAGGAAAGAAGAUGAAGAUCAGAGGAAAGAUGCGGAAACUGGACCGCCCUCCAGAGAACCCUGUGGUGGAUCCUACUAUUAAAUUUGAUCGUCAGCCAGAGUAUCUGGACACUACGGGCGGGACGCUGCAUCCGUACCAGCUGGAGGGGCUCAACUGGCUCCGCUUCUCCUGGGCUCAGGGAACCGACACCAUCCUGGCAGACGAGAUGGGUCUGGGAAAGACCGUGCAGACUGCUGUUUUCCUCUAUUCGCUGUAUAAAGAGGGUCAUUCCAAGGGUCCGUUCCUGGUGAGCGCCCCCCUGUCCACCAUCAUUAACUGGGAGCGAGAGUUUGAAAUGUGGGCCCCGGAUAUGUACGUCGUCACAUACGUCGGAGACAAAGACAGCAGGGCUGUCAUCAGAGAAAACGAGUUCUCCUUUGAGAACAACGCCAUCCGCGGUGGCAAGAAACCCUCUAAGAUGAAGACUGGAACUCCUCUACAGAACAACUUAGAAGAGCUUUUCCAUCUGCUUAACUUCCUCACACCAGAGAGAUUCAGUAAUCUUGAGGUUUUCUUAGAGGAGUUUGCCGACAUUGCCAAGGAGGACCAGAUCAAAAAGCUUCACGACAUGCUGGGACCACACAUGCUCAGGAGACUCAAAGCUGACGUGUUCAAGCACAUGCCUUCCAAAACAGAGCUCAUCGUCCGAGUCGAGCUCAGCCCCAUGCAAAAGAAAUAUUACAAGUUCAUCCUGACCCGCAAUUUUGAGGCUCUGAACACUCGUAGUGGAGGAAACCAGGUUUCUCUGCUGAAUGUCGUUAUGGACCUCAAGAAGUGCUGUAAUCAUCCCUAUCUCUUCCCUGUUGCUGCUAUGGAAGCUGCCAAGAUACCCAAUGGGAUGUACGAAGGCAGCGCCUUGACUAAAUCUUCUGGCAAACUGCUGCUACUGCACAAGAUGCUGCGGAAACUCAAGGAGGGCGGACACAGAGUGCUCAUCUUCUCUCAAAUGACCAAAAUGUUGGACCUGCUAGAAGACUUCCUGGAGAACGAGGGCUACAAAUAUGAGCGCAUUGAUGGAAGUAUCACAGGAGGCAUGAGACAGGAAGCCAUUGACCGCUUUAAUGCUCCUGGUGCUCCCCAGUUUGCUUUCCUGCUGUCGACCAGAGCCGGUGGUCUGGGUAUCAAUCUGGCAACCGCAGACACCGUCAUCAUCUAUGACUCUGACUGGAACCCUCACAAUGACAUUCAGGCCUUUAGCAGAGCUCACAGGAUUGGACAAAACAAGAAAGUUAUGAUCUACCGUUUUGUGACCAAAGCCUCUGUAGAAGAGAGAAUUACUCAGGUGGCCAAGAAGAAGAUGAUGUUGACUCACUUGGUUGUGCGUCCUGGAUUGGGCUCAAAGACCGGUUCGAUGUCCAAACAGGAGCUUGAUGACAUUCUCAAAUUUGGUACAGAGGAGCUCUUCAAAGACGAGGCAGAAGGAGAGAAUAAAGAAGAGGACAGCAGCGUGAUUCACUAUGAUGACAAAGCAAUCGACCGGCUGCUGGAUCGUAACCAGGACGCCACAGAUGACACCGAGAUCCAGAGCAUGAACGAGUAUCUCAGCUCCUUCAAAGUGGCUCAGUAUGUGGUCAAGGACGAGGAGGAAGCGGAAGAGGAAGUUCAGAGGGAGAUCAUCAAGCAGGAGGAAAGUGUGGAUCCAGAUUACUGGGAGAAACUGCUCCGACACCAUUACGAGCAGCAGCAGGAGGAUUUGGCUCGUAAUCUGGGCAAGGGCAAGCGAAUCCGCAAACAGGUCAACUACAACGAUGGCUCUCAGGAGGACAGAGACUGGCAGGAUGAUCAGUCUGAUGGCCAAUCAGAUUACUCUGUUGCUUCAGAGGAAGGAGAUGAGGACUUUGACGAACGAACAGAAGCCAAUUCACGGCGACCCAACAGAAAAGGCCUCCGAAAUGACAAAGACAAACCCCUGCCCCCCCUGCUGGCCAGAGUGAGCGGCAACAUUGAGGUGUUGGGUUUUAAUGCUCGUCAGAGGAAGGCCUUCCUGAACGCAGUGAUGCGUUAUGGGAUGCCACCUCAGGACGCCUUCACAACCCAGUGGCUAGUCAGAGACUUGCGUGGCAAAUCAGAGAGGGAGUUCAAGGCUUACGUCUCGCUCUUUAUGCGGCACUUGUGUGAGCCUGGUGCAGAUGGUGCUGAAAGCUUUGCCGAUGGCGUUCCCCGGGAGGGACUGUCCCGGCAACACGUUCUUACUCGUAUUGGUGUGAUGUCAUUGAUCAGAAAGAAGGUACAAGAGUUCGAGCAUGUGAACGGUCAGUGGUCAAUGCCCUGGAUGAUGGAGCUGAACGAGAAUAAAAUAGCGUCCACCGCCAGCAGUCAGCCUGAUUCACCCAGCAAAACGCCCUCUACUUGCACUCCAGCGGACACUCAGCCCAACACACCUGCUCCAGAUGGUGUUUCCAAAGCAGAAGAUAGUGGAAAAGAUGGCGAUAAAGAAAAGGUGAAAAAUGGAGACGGUGAGAAGGACGCAAGUGAGAAUAAAGACAAUGAAGUCAUUGCUAUUCCUGAUGAAGAUGAAAAAGCUUCUUCUGCUUCUGAAGACAAAAGCAAAGACAAAGAGGAGAAGGACAAAACGCCUGAAUCCUCUUCAGAGGCAGACAAGGCCGAUGGGAAGCAAGAUGAGAAAGAGGAAGAGACAGGGAAGUCUGGAGACUCUGAUGAGAAGACCAACGACAGCAAGCCCAAAGUGUCUGAGGCUGAGAAGGAAACUUCAGACGCCAAAGGAGAAAAGAAGGACGAUGAACCUGAAAAGAUGGACACUACCCCUGUUACAGAUGAGAAGAAAGGUCAGAAGGACGAGAAGGAAUCUGUUAAGACGGAGGAAGCAGGAAAACUGCAGAAUGGAGAGAGUGCCAAAGACAGCGCAGCAGGAGCAGCAACUGAAGAGAGGAAGAAAGCCAAAACACGGUUCAUGUUCAACAUCGCAGAUGGAGGAUUUACCGAAUUACACUCCCUGUGGCAGAAUGAGGAACGAGCCGCUACAGUCACCAAGAAGACCAAUGAGAUCUGGCAUCGUCGCCACGACUACUGGCUACUCGCUGGCAUCAUACAACACGGUUACGCUCGCUGGCAAGAUAUUCAGAAUGACAUCAGAUUCGCCAUUCUUAACGAACCCUUCAAGGGAGAGAUCAACAGAGGAAACUUCCUGGAGAUCAAGAACAAGUUUCUGGCCAGGAGAUUCAAGCUGCUUGAGCAGGCUCUGGUGAUUGAAGAACAGCUGCGCAGAGCUGCGUAUCUGAACAUGACUGAAGACCCUUCUCACCCCUCCAUGGCUCUCAACACACGCUUCAGUGAAGUGGAGUGUCUGGCCGAGUCCCACCAGCACCUGAGCAAGGAAUCCAUGUCCGGAAACAAACCUGCCAAUGCCGUCCUACAUAAAGUACUGAAACAGCUAGAAGAGUUGCUCAGUGACAUGAAAGCAGAUGUCACUCGUCUCCCGGCGACCAUCGCCAGGAUACCUCCUGUCGCCGUGAGGCUGCAGAUGUCUGAAAGAAACAUUCUCAGCCGUUUGGCCAGCAGAGGACCAGACACACAGUCUCAGCAGGUCCAGCAGUAGCCUGCAGCAGACGCCAGUCCACAGAGCGCCGCACACCAUGUCUACAUUCCUGAUUGCACAUGAUAUCUCGUCUUAACUUGAAUCCACACCCUCAUACUGUCCGCUCAAACCUGGGGGCUGUGGAUAUUUGAGCUGUUGUUUUUAUUAUUUUCCUAAUAUUGUUUACAUAAUAUUGUUGAUGAUGGUUUUUGGGACCUCAAUAAAAAUGUUAAAUAAAAAAAGGUUUCUGUUCCUUUUA